AUGACACUGCAGGCCUUCUCCUUCCCUUUCCCUGAAACUCGAUUCUUCAAAGCUGGUAGUUUUAUCUACAAGUUCAAGAUUCGAGGGGGCAGCAGCUACAGUGGAGAGGAGGUGGUUGGAAAUGGCUUCAAUCAGGAACUGGAGGACAUCAUCAGAACUGUUCUCGGCAACCUGGACAAUCUCCAGCCCUUCUCAAGUACCCGCUUCAAUAUCUUCCCUUAUAACAAGCGGUGGGAGGGACUACCUAAGGUGAUGUGCAAACAUGGUGAGAAGAAGCUGAAAGCCUACCCUUUUAUUCUUAUCCUCUACCUGGAGAAAAACAUGCUGAAUGAAGCAGAUGUGGUUGUGGACACAGGCACACGUGAUAACGGAUACGAGAAAGAGAGAGUGCAGCACUCCUCUGAUUCUGAGCCCCAGUCAAAGCGCUUUAAGACAGAUUCACCACUAGAGGAGGCCAUACUAAAGGACUUGAUGAUGGACUUGGAGGCUGAAAACAAGGUUUCAAUGGCGUGCAGGCUGCACAUGGACAAUCCACAUGCUGAGGGAGAGGUCAAAGACGAUCCUGGACUUGCUGACAAGAAAGGGACGGAGGGGUUUGACAAACCCCAGCUGAAAUCAGGUGUUGACAUGAUCAGAGGAAGUGGGACUCCAGGUGAAGUGCAGCCUGGGACAUCACAGGACAUGAGAGAGGAGGAGGGAGAAAAUGCAGACCCAAGGAGGUCUGGGAUUCUGACUCGACUGGCCAGCUAUAUCUUCCCCUUCUCCUUGUUCUUCAGAGACCCCUGAGAGUUGUGUCAGAGAGACAGGAGGGUCUCACUGGUUCCAGUGGUGAAGCCUCACUGGGGUUUGUUUGGUUUCUUCUCUGAGCAUAAACAUGUGUUUUGAUUUC